GCCCGCAGCCUCUCCUCCGCCGAGCGUUGCCGCCCCACCUGCGGGCAGGGCGCCCGUCGGAGCCCCCGCUCACCUGCCCACCGGCGGGAGGGUCCCGCCCGGCCUGCCCUGCUCCCCGCCGCCCCGGGCGCCCCUCCUGCCCCCGGCCGGGGCCCGCUAGGCCGAGGCGCGGGAGCUGCGGGGGCAUGCACCUGGGGGCGCGGGAGCGAGUGCGGGCCGCCCCUGGGCCCGCGCCUGCAGGGCGGAGGCCCCCCCAGUGAGCCGGCCCCGGGCCCGUCGCCGAGCUGUCUCCCGUGGGCGCUGCGGGGCUCCGACCGCGGCAGCAUCAUGUCGGCUGGGGACGCUUUCGAGACUCGCUUCGAGAAGAUCGACAACCUGCUGCGGGACCCCAAGUCGGAAGUGAACUCCGACUGCUUGCUGGAUGGAUUGGAUGCUUUGGUGUAUGAUUUGGAUUUUCCUGCCUUAAGAAAGAACAAAAAUAUUGACAACUUUUUAAGCAGAUAUAAAGACACAAUAAAUAAAAUCAGAGACUUACGAAUGAAAGCUGAAGAUUAUGAGGUAGUGAAGGUGAUUGGUAGAGGUGCAUUUGGAGAAGUUCAACUGGUAAGGCACAAAUCCACCAGGAAGGUCUAUGCUAUGAAGCUUCUAAGCAAAUUUGAAAUGAUUAAGAGAUCGGAUUCUGCUUUUUUUUGGGAAGAAAGGGACAUCAUGGCUUUUGCUAACAGUCCUUGGGUUGUUCAGCUUUUCUAUGCAUUCCAAGAUGACCGCUAUCUCUACAUGGUGAUGGAGUACAUGCCUGGUGGAGACCUUGUCAACUUGAUGAGCAACUAUGAUGUGCCUGAAAAGUGGGCGAGGUUCUACACUGCAGAGGUGGUUCUCGCGUUGGAUGCAAUCCACUCCAUGGGCUUUAUUCAUAGAGAUGUGAAGCCUGAUAAUAUGCUGCUGGACAAGUCUGGACAUUUGAAGUUAGCAGAUUUUGGUACUUGUAUGAAGAUGAAUAAGGAAGGUAUGGUACGAUGUGAUACAGCAGUUGGAACUCCCGAUUAUAUUUCACCGGAAGUACUGAAAUCUCAGGGUGGUGAUGGAUACUAUGGACGAGAGUGUGACUGGUGGUCGGUUGGGGUAUUUUUAUAUGAAAUGCUUGUAGGUGAUACACCUUUUUAUGCUGAUUCUCUGGUUGGAACGUACAGUAAGAUUAUGAACCAUAAAAACUCACUUACCUUCCCUGAUGAUAAUGAUAUUUCAAAAGAAGCAAAAAAUCUUAUUUGUGCCUUCCUUACUGACAGAGAGGUGAGAUUAGGACGAAACGGUGUAGAAGAAAUCAAGCGACAUCUCUUCUUCAAAAAUGACCAGUGGGCUUGGGAAACACUUCGAGACACUGUAGCACCAGUUGUACCUGAUUUAAGUAGUGACAUUGAUACAAGUAACUUUGAUGAUUUGGAAGAAGAUAAAGGAGAUGAAGAAACAUUUCCUAUACCUAAAGCUUUUGUUGGCAACCAGCUGCCUUUUGUAGGAUUUACCUACUAUAGCAACCGUAGAUACUUAUCUUCAGCAAAUCCUAAUGACAACAGAAGUAGUUCCAAUGUGGAUAAAAGCUUGCAGGAGAAUUUACAAAAAACAAUUUAUAAGCUGGAAGAACAGCUGCAUAAUGAAAUACAAUUAAAAGAUGAAAUGGAGCAGAAGUGCAGAACUUCAAACAUAAAACUAGACAAGAUCAUGAAAGAAUUGGAUGAAGAGGGCAACCAAAGAAGAAAUUUAGAAUCAACAGUAUCUCAGAUUGAGAAGGAUAAAAUGUUACUCCAGCAUAGAAUUAAUGAGUACCAAAGAAAAGCAGAACAGGAAAACGAGAAGAGGAGAAAUGUGGAAAAUGAAGUGUCUACAUUAAAGGAUCAGUUGGAAGACUUAAGGAAAGCAAGUCAGAACUCACAACUUGCUAAUGAGAAAUUGGCCCAAUUACAAAAGCAGCUAGAAGAAGCCAAUGACUUACUUAGGACUGAGUCAGACACUGCGGUGAGGUUAAGGAAGAGUCACACUGAGAUGAGCAAGGCGGUCAGUCAGCUGGAGUCUCUGAACAGAGAGCUGCAAGAGAGAAACAGGAUCUUAGAAGAUUCUAAGUCGCAAACGGACAAAGACUAUUACCAGCUGCAAGCUGCGCUAGAAGCUGAACGGAGAGACAGGGGCCAUGAUUCUGAGAUGAUUGGCGACCUUCAAGCUCGGAUCACAUCUUUACAAGAGGAGGUGAAGCAUCUCAAACAUGGUCUUGAGAGAGUGGAAGGAGAAAGAAAAGCGGCUCAAGAUAUGCUUAAUCAUUCAGAAAAGGAAAAGAAUAAUUUAGAGAUAGAUUUAAAUUACAAGCUUAAGUCAUUACAACAAAGGUUAGAACAAGAGGUAAAUGAACAUAAAGUAACCAAAGCUCGUUUAACCGACAAGCAUCAGUCUAUUGAAGAGGCAAAGUCUGUGGCAAUGUGUGAGAUGGAGAAAAAACUGAUGGAAGAGAGAGAAGCUCGAGAGAAGGCUGAAAAUAGGGUCGUUCAAAUUGAGAAGCAGUGUUCCAUGCUAGAUGUUGAUCUAAAACAGUCUCAGCAAAAGCUUGAACAUUUGACUGAAAAUAAAGAGAGAAUGGAGGAGGAAGUUAAGACUCUAAGUCUGCAACUAGAGCAGGAAUCCAAUAAGCGACUGUUAUUACAAAAUGAAUUGAAGACACAGGCAUUUGAGGCAGAUAACUUAAAAGGUCUAGAAAAGCAGAUGAAACAAGAAAUAAAUACUUUACUGGAAGCAAAGAGAUUACUAGAAUUUGAGUUAGCUCAACUUACAAAACAAUAUAGAGGAAAUGAAGGACAGAUGAGGGAGCUGCAGGAUCAGCUUGAAGCGGAGCAAUAUUUCUCGACACUUUAUAAAACCCAGGUAAAGGAACUUAAGGAAGAAAUUGAAGAAAAAAACAGGGAAAAUAUUAAGAAAAUACAAGAACUACAAAAUGAGAAAGAAACUCUUGCUACUCAGUUGGAUCUAGCAGAAACAAAAGCUGAGUCUGAGCAGUUGGCUCGAGGAAUUCUGGAAGAACAGUACUUUGAAUUGACUCAAGAAAGUAAGAAAGCUGCUUCAAGAAACAGACAAGAGAUUUCAGAUAAAGAUCAUACUGUUAGCCGGCUUGAAGAAACAAACAGCAUGCUAACCAAAGAUAUUGAAUUAUUAAGAAAACAAAAUGAAGAGCUGAGUGAAAAAAUGAGCACAGCAGAGGAAGAAUAUAAAUUGAAGAAAGAUGAAGAGAUCAAUAACCUUAAAGCUGCCUUUGAAAAGACUGUGAAUACGGAACGAACCCUUAAGACACAGGCUGUUAAUAAAUUGGCAGAAAUAAUGAAUCGGAAAGACUUCAAACUUGAUAGAAAGAAAACAAAUACACAAGACCUGAGAAAGAAAGAAAAAGAAAACCGAAAGCUACAGUUGGAACUCAACCAAGAAAGAGAGAAGUUCAAUCAGAUGGUAGUGAAACACCAGAAGGAACUGAAUGACAUGCAAGCGCAAUUGGUAGAAGAAUGCACACACAAAAAUGAACUUCAGAUGCAAUUGGCUAGCAAAGAGAGUGACAUUGAACAGCUGCGUGCGAAGCUUUUAGACCUUGCAGAUUCUACAAGUGUUGCUAGUUUUCCAAGUGCUGAUGAAACUGAUGGAAACCUUCCAGAGUCAAGAAUUGAAGGUUGGCUUUCAGUACCAAACAGAGGAAAUAUCAAACGAUAUGGCUGGAAGAAACAGUAUGUGGUGGUGAGCAGCAAGAAGAUCCUCUUCUACAACGACGAGCAGGAUAAGGAGCAGUCCAGUCCCUCUAUGGUGCUGGACAUCGAUAAAUUGUUUCAUGUUCGUCCUGUAACCCAAGGAGAUGUAUAUAGAGCUGAAACUGAAGAAAUCCCUAAAAUAUUCCAGAUACUAUAUGCAAAUGAAGGUGAAUGCAGAAAAGAUGUGGAGAUGGAACCAGUUCAACAAGCUGAAAAAACUAAUUUUCAGAACCACAAAGGCCAUGAGUUCAUUCCCACUCUUUACCACUUUCCAGCCAACUGUGAGGCCUGUGCCAAGCCUCUCUGGCAUGUCUUCAAGCCUCCCCCUGCCCUUGAAUGUCGGAGAUGCCACGUGAAGUGCCAUCGAGAUCACCUAGAUAAGAAAGAGGACUUGAUUUCUCCAUGUAAAGUAAGUUACGAUGUGACUUCAGCAAGAGAUAUGCUACUGUUGGCCUGCUCUCAGGAUGAGCAGAAGAAGUGGGUGACUCACUUGGUGAAGAAGAUCCCCAAGAAUCCACCAUCUGGCUUUGUCCGUGCAUCCCCCCGAACACUCUCUACCAGGUCUACUGCAAACCAGUCUUUCCGGAAAGCAGUGAAAAACACAUCUGGAAAAAUGAGCAGUUAACCCCAUGGCCCAGCACCUUGUGGAAUGAUGUGGAAUGCUACCUGAUAAACCAGGCUUCUCUGACCCAGCAGACAGGCUAUUCUUUGAUGCGAGUAGCGGUAUCGUAGGCUUCAGGGCUAAGAUUGCUGUUACUCUGUCCUUGCUUUGGCACAAAAGCACACUGUGGUGUUUUGUUUUGUUUUGUUUUUGUGGGGUUUGCCUACAGGUAGAUUAGAUUGAUUAUUACUGUGUAAUGCAAAUACAAUUGGGGGAAGCUUAGCUAGAUUUUUUUUUUUUUUUUAAAAGGUGCUGCCUUUUUGAAUUUCUAAGAAAAUGCCUGUCAGUCGUGAUAGAACAAAGUUUUCCUCGUAUGUGUGAGAGGAAGAGGACUUUCACUUGAAGUGGAAUGGCCAUCACUAUUCAAGAUCAGCUCAUGGAAGGAGUAAUGAAAAUAUCUCAAAAUGAGACGAUUGAAUUUUUUUCUUAAUGACUUCAUUUUUGUGCUCUUGUGGGACUAUAAAAACCAUUAUAAGGAAGCAGUGAGUGAUAUCACUUGACUUCAGUGCCCUCACUGUAAAAUCUAGAAGCCUUACUAUUGAUUGCCCAUAGUGGACUUGAUGGAGAAUAAUUUACAUCAUGCUUUGCAAAAUACUGUAUGGGUUUCAGCAAGGUUACAGACUGAGAAGGCAAAAAAAAAAAAAAAACAACAAAACAUUUAAUCUAUUCAUUUUUGCCAAGCCAUACUGAGUUAUUUUACUACUAGAGACAUUAGAAAGCUAACUGUACAAAAGAACCAAGUUUAAAAGCAUUUUGUGGGGUACAUUGUUUCUGUAAUUGUAUAAUGUAUUUCUUUGUGGUUUUAAGUGAUAAUAGACAUUAAGUUAACAGACAUAUAAGAAAUGUAUGCACUGUUUGAAAUGUAAAUUAUUCUUAGAACACUUUCAGUGGGGAUUGCAUUGCCCUCUUAGUGCCUUAAUUUGAGAGGAUUACUUUACUGCCAUAACUAAAUAAUAGAAAUUUUUAAAUGGGUUUUUCAUUGAUGAUUGGUUUAAUUUUAAUACAAACACAUACGCUGGACUUGAUAAAUUGAGUACAAUCCACAUCAAAUUACUUGCUACACCAAUGACUUCAUAAUCUGCAGAACAUGGAAGCUGCACCAGUGUACGAGAAUUUUGGCAGUUCAUCUGUUUUCCAGUUGACAUAGGAAUUACCAGAUAAAUACUGUUAAACUCUCCUCCCGUAAUCAGAGUUGAUUUAUAAUAGGCAGUAUGAUUUAUUGUUUAUAUUUUUAACCAAAUACCUCCUCAGUAAUUUAUAAUGGCUUUGCAGUAAUGUGUAUCAAAAAGAAGCACUGGAAAACUGAUAUGUCUCUAGGAUGAUAUGCAUGUUUCAUGUGGUAUUCAAAGCCACACUGAUGGAUAUGAAAUAAUAAACAUAUCUGUUAUUAAUAUA